UCUGCACUACCUAACCACUUCUCUCCGCCUCUCCCAUAGUUUUUCGCCCCCAAUUCUAUUGUCUGAACACCAUCGUCGCAGCUCAGAUCAACGCAGCCUAACUCCGCCUUAUCAACGCCGCCAACGUUUCUGGUUUAUAUGUACAGUCUCAUCAACUACUUAUACAUUCUGAUUCCGUGGUGCAGUACUCGUUUCAGUGAUCAGGUGUUUCAUAAGCCGGUAUGUCUACGAGCGGAGGGGGUCGGAGAGAACUUCCGUGGCUAGCGUGGCGACCUGCUUGCGUGUGGGUUGGUGCUGAUACCUUUCAUACUGUGUGAAAUUCUGUUUAGUUUAAGUUUGUGGAGCGUGUAGCUCAGCGUCGCUGGAGACAGCAGCUGUAUUACUGAAGUGAUGCUCAGGGUCGAGGGAUAAGUGGUGCUAAAAGUUCCCAGGGAAUUGAAGAUCCCGAGUCGAGCGCCGCAGUCCGAAAAUUUGCUUUCUAUCACUGUUAGGAGAACAACGACAUGUAGGUAGCUUAUCUAGCUUAAUAUUGAAGUAUGUUCAUAUAAAGUGUCAUGAACUCAGACGCCCUUAAUAUUCUAGAUAGUCACAGAGAGUAGUAAGCGAGGGUUUGAUUAGCCUCUGCGACCUUUAGGUUCAAUUCGAGGUAGAGCAUGUUCUAGUGAAGCAUGAAAUGAGAGGCAAAACUUAGCAGUUGUUAAUCAUAAGUUUACAGCACUUGUGGCGCCAGAUUAUCGUUUGACGACAGCUUGGUAGACGAUAAGGCAAACACACCAGAGUAGCCUUGAAUUUGUCAUCAUACUUCUCGUUCGCAUAGGAACUAAAAUUAAUGAUAGAAAGGCCCUCUCAUAGUAACUUUGCUGGAGGAUACAGAUUUGCAAAUGAAUCAUUCCGCAAAACAAUUUGGACCAAGGUGGUUUCAUGAGAAUUGAGCCCAAGAGUGUUCCAAUUUAGAAACAUUUGAGUCCAGUCCUCACUUGAAAGCGCUGCUGGACAAGUAGGUAAGUGGAAACGAGGUCUUGAGAAGCCUCCUUAAAAGUGAAUCUAGUUUCUGGUAAAGAAGAAUCGUAGCAAGGUCUGCGGAUUUGUGAGCAUGGUAGCGUAGUAUCGAUUCAGGAAGCCUUCCACCACGGGACUUGCUGCACUAAUGCCGAAAGUGUUCGAAUCCAAGUUCAUUAGAUUAUCCUUUCCCGCUGUCUCAAAGAUCCGUCUUAGUCACCUUACCACUACAACUACUACUUCUCCUACUACUGUAAGCGCCCGUCGGCUAACCAGACAAGGUUUUGCCAGAAUCAUCCAGUCUAGGUACCUCGUCUUCCUCCAGUGACAGCCUUGCAAGACUUUGUCCGGGCAGUGUUGAAGCCAAGUAUCCUGCAUCCAGUCUAGAGUAACAUUUCUAAUAAAACAAAUUAAGAGGGAAACGAAGAAAAAUAACUUUGGCCAGGCAGCACUUGACCUGCAGUACAAAAUUGGAAUACUUCUCAGCGUGUAAGUUUCUUCGGAUUCUUAGAAUACACCGAAAAGUUUGCUGAGAAUUGCGAUUCCACGAGUACGAUGGUGAUCAUGAAGCCGACCCGAGGAUCCAUUGACCAACUGCGCUUACCUCCAGGCUUCCGCUUCCACCCAACCGACGAGGAGCUCGUGCUGCACUACCUCCGCCGGAAGGCAAACUCUGGAGUCUUCCAAAUACCCGUCAUAGCUGAAGUAGACCUGUACAAGUUCGACCCUUGGGAUCUCCCCAAUAAGGCGUUGUUCGGAGAGAGAGAAUGGUAUUUCUUUUCUCCAAGGGACAGGAAGUACCCCAAUGGCGCCAGGCCCAACAGAGCUGCCGCGAGUGGCUACUGGAAAGCCACAGGGACAGAUAAGCCCAUCCACAUGUCCAAAGGACACAGUAAGGUGGGAGUGAAGAAGGCGCUGGUUUUUUACCGCGGUAAAGCACCAAAGGGCGAGAAAACGAACUGGAUCAUGCACGAGUAUCGCCUCGCUGAAGGUGUCUCGACCUCCACUCAUCAUCCUCGAAGGAACUCUUCGCGACUUGAUGAUUGGGUCCUAUGCCGAAUUUAUGAAAAAACCUCUCACGCGCAACGAGCUAGCAAGGAGUACGAGAAUUCCAGCGUCGAAGAGGUGUUAGCGUCGCUUCCCGACUCAGUUGACGACCUCAGGUUCGUCCUACCUCGCCUCAAUUCGCUGAACGGAAACCUAGAAUUAGCGGUUCAGCAGGAGGCUCUUGGGGACAACAGGCUGACGGAGAAGGCCUCAGAGAAUGGGUGUUUGUCAGCCAACUUUGACAGCAUUCAGAAAGGGACGAUGUCGAAUAACCCAGGAAGUUUGCUGACUUUGGCCAAUGACUGGAAAUUGCAGCAAUCUAUGACCAUUAACCAUGAUACCCUUGAGAGUUCAAGGCUCAUGGGACAUCUGGCAUCGACAUCCUCUGUACAUCGUCCGGCUCUCAGCACCCGACCCAUGGCCAACAGCUUCAUGGCCCAGUUCCGGCAUCCGCCGAGAUCUUACCACCUCUGCCCGAGUAGUGGUCAGGAGAAGAUAUUGCCGGCGGGUCACUCCACAUUCGAUGAGGAAGUGCAAAGCACGCUCCGGUCGUCUGCCAUGGGAUACACAAACGCUAGAUCUAGCAAUGAUCAGGGACUGGAAACCAUGUUUUCUGCAGUGAGUUACGAGGAUCGGUCAAAUCCAUCGUAUGGAGGGCCUGCAGUAACCGAGCAUUCGGUUUAUCCCGCAAUUCCGACACCGCCUAGUAUGGACUUCAACUUUAGCUACGCCGGCGAUUUCAACUGAUUCCCAAUCGCCUCGACACUGAACCUUGCCUUAAGUUGCAAUGACGUGCGCCGUCCCGGUGGCAAUGAGCUAAUUGAAAAUUGCAAAUUCAUCUUUACCAGUAAGCAGUGAUUAACCGAAGUCUGGGGGGGGGGGGUAAUUUUAUCGACUGCGCAGUGCUGCUUUUGUACAUAUCCGCUGUACAUCUCAGGGACUGUUUAUAUACCGUAGGGUGGGAAAAGAUACCAUCAGCACAAAAUUAAACUUGCAUAUUCCAGAAGGAAAGCACAGAUUAGUGACAAUUUGAUUCGUGUAGAUGUAUACAAACGGUUCAUUCUUCGAACUCCUAGCUGGCGCGUAGACGCACAGUGGACGUGUAAAAUGUAGGACAUGGGGCAAGUGAGUAUCUGCGCUGCACAACGCGCAACUAGUCUCACCAGCCCUUUAUUAUUGUAAUAUCACUGCAUUCUCAGGAAUGGUUGUGGAAAAGAUUAAUUCUUUACGGGGUGUCUGUCAAUAAUGAGAUUCACUCAAGCUGCACAGGCAGUCCCUUAUUUUUCAA